AGUAGCCAACUGCAGUUAGUUAUCCUUUUGCGCCUCCCGAAAUAUUCGAUGAAUCUGUCAAGUCUUUUUCUUCUGGCCCUCGUGGCAUCAGUCGCUAUCGGCGCCGGAUCUGCCCACAGAAUAAACAGGCCCGAACAGAAACCCCCACAGGAGUCGUGUCAGGUCACCACCACAAGGCCGCCAUGUGAGACGACCUCGCCACCGUGUCCAUCCUCCCCCUCGGAGCCCAACGAGCCGACGACUCCCUCACCUUCACCUUGUGAGACGACCACCACUACGACAACAACCACACUAACGACAACCCCCACGACAACAACAACGACAACAACCACGACAACCACCACGACAACAACCACUACAACAACCACGACAACCACCACGACAACAACCACUACGACAACAACCACUACGACAACAACCACAACAACAACUACGACAACAACCACCACAACAACGUGUUCCCCAACAACAACCACUACACCACAAGAGGAACCCUGUGAGCCCAACGAGCCCUUAACUCCCACUCCAUCCUCUCCUUCGGAGCCCAACGAGCCGUCAACUCCCACUCCAUCCUCUCCCUGCGAGCCGAACGAGCCCUCAACUCCCACUCCAUCCUCCCCCUCGGAGCCCAACGAGCCAUCAACUCCCACUCCAUCCUCUCCCUGCGAGCCGAACGAGACGACAACUCCGUCACCUUCACCUUGUGAGACGACAACAACCACAACAACGACAACCACCACGACAACAACCACGACAACAACCACUACAACAACUACUACAACAACCACUACAACAACCACGACAACAACUACUACAACAACCACUACAACAACCACGACAACAACCACUACAACAACCACAACAACUACGACAACAACCACCACAACAACGUGUUCCCCAACAACAACCACUACCCCACAAGAGGAACCCUGUGAGCCCAACGAGCCCUUAACUCCCACUCCAUCCUCUCCUUCGGAGCCCAACGAGCCAUCAACUCCCACUCCAUCCUCUCCCUGCGAGCCGAACGAGCCCUCAACUCCCACUCCGUCAUCUCCUUCGGAGCCCAACGAGCCCUUAACUCCCACUCCAUCCUCUCCUUCGGAGCCCAACGAGCCAUCAACUCCCACUCCAUCUUCUCCCUGCGAGCCGAACGAGCCCUCAACUCCCACUCCGUCAUCUCCUUCGGAGCCCAACGAGCCCUUAACUCCCACUCCAUCCUCUCCUUCGGAGCCCAACGAGCCGUCAACUCCCACUCCAUCCUCUCCCUGCGAGCCGAACGAGACGACAACUCCGCCACCUUCACCUUGUGAGACGACAACAACCACAACAACGACAACCACCACGACAACAACCACGACAACAACUACUACAACAACUACUACAACAACCACUACAACAACCACGACAACAACCACUACAACAACCACUACAACAACCACUACAACAACCACAACAACCACUACAACAACCACUACAACAACCACAACAACAACCACAACAACCACCACAACAACGUGUUCCCCAACAACAACCACUACCCCACAAGAGGAACCCUGUGAGCCCAACGAGCCCUUAACUCCCACUCCAUCCUCUCCUUCGGAGCCCAACGAGCCAUCAACUCCCACUCCAUCCUCUCCCUGCGAGCCGAACGAGCCCUCAACUCCCACUCCGUCAUCUCCUUCGGAGCCCAACGAGCCCUUAACUCCCACUCCAUCCUCCCCCUCGGAGCCCAACGAGCCAUCAACUCCCACUCCAUCCUCUCCCUGCGAGCCGAACGAGCCCUCAACUCCCACUCCGUCAUCUCCUUCGGAGCCCAACGAGCCCUUAACUCCCACUCCAUCCUCACCCUCGGAGCCCAACGAGCCAUCAACUCCCACUCCAUCCUCCCCCUCGGAGCCCAACGAGCCAUCAACUCCCACUCCAUCCUCUCCCUGCGAGCCGAACGAGACGACAACUCCGCCACCUUCACCUUGUGAGACGACAACAACCACAACAACGACGACCACCACGACAACAACCACGACAACAACCACUACAACAACCACGACAACAACCACUACAACAACCACGACAACAACCACUACAACAACCACGACCACCACAACAACAACCACGACCACCACAACGACAACCACUACAAGAACAACCACCACAACCACUACUCCACAAAAGAAACCUUGCGCGCCUACCACCACCACCACACAAAAGCCACUGUGCGAACCAACAACCACACCAACACCCCCUCCCUGUGCUCAGACGACCACCUCCCCACCACCGUGCGAGGAGACAACGACACCUGCCUGCGGCACUAAGGGUGGUCCAGCUCAAUUGAUUCCCAAGCCAAUUAAGGAUCUCUUCGCUGGUUCAAGCACCAGCACCAAAACUACUCUUCCGAUCGGAACCAGUGCCAUGUGUGUUGGUCGCGCCGAGGGAAGUAUAGUCCAGGACCCGAAUCAUUGCAGGAGGUACUAUGAAUGCCGCGAGGGCCGUCGCCUGUUGCGCAAGUGCCGUACCGGUCUGUGGUACGAUUCUGAGGCAGGAGAGUGCCUGCCACGUAGCCAGGUGUUGAACUGCCCGGCUCAACGUAACUGAGACACUUUAGCCGACUCGACGCAACUGGUAUGGGAUCGCAGCUUGUAUUGCAACUUGUAUUCGUAGCCAACAGUAACCGCCUACUCAAUAAACAGCAUAUAAAUCACA